AGCCAAGAGUCUAUAAAAUUGAUGCAAAUGGAAGAUUAUCAGGGCCUACCUCUUUGCCCACGUCGUAUUUAAUGAAGUGUUUCCACGAACCUCGCCGUGAUACUGUAGAACAUCUCCAGUCACAACAGUAUGAAGUCCAAGAACAUGUCCAUGCAAGGCGGAGGGUACUACAAUGAAAGUUGUACCCUCCAAGGCCUGGCCAUUGAUAAGGCAUUAUCACUUCUUGAGACUCUUGAAUCUAAAGGGAAAACCACCACUCUCGCUGAUUAUGGUUCCUCUGAGGGCAAGAAUACGAUCCGCCUUCUUUCCAACUAUCUCUCCAACUUGCCCGGUCUUGCAUCUGCAACUCUGGUAUUCAACGACACCCCAUUCAACGACUUUUCCAGCCUUUCAAGAACCAUUGAUACAAACUGGUCAUUCCUUUCAAAAGAUGGCAAACUGUCAAUUAGUCCUCUGAUAGUUCCCAAGUCCUUUUUUGGACAGGUGCUGCCUGAUGGCUUCGUCGAUGCAGGGUUCUCCUUCACAGCACUUCACUGGCUGCAGCACAUACCGUCUUCAUUUGAGACUUCAGACCUGGCUGAGUACGUUCAUAAAGACCUUGUGUCGUUUUUAUCGGCUCGUCACAGAGAGAUUCGACACAGUGGCACCUUGACGCUUUGCAUUCCCUGCCAUGGCCAAAUCGGGGCUGGUCCUGCAGUCGCUUGUCUGCAGGCUAGUAUUCAUCGCCUCGCAAGUACCUAUCAUCUCGAUCCCUCCUUCACAGUACGCUUACCGCUCUACUCCCGUUCAAUGGAAGAGAUACUGUCUUCCAUCAAUGCCGAACAAGGAAAAUGGGUCGUCAAAUCUCACGUAGCAGUCCCAAUCAUGCACCCUUCAUGGUCUUCAGCCGUCUUGGAUAAGGACGCUGCUGAUAUGGCAGCCAGAGUCAGGUAUGCUGCUGGGAUUACUGGCUUCACAACUGCAGCAUGCUCUCGAUUCUUGACGGAUGAGAUGGGCGCCUACCCCAGGAAAAGACACCUUGAUGAAUCUGCCUUACGAUCAGGGGUUCUUGCAGAGCCAACAUUUCUCGAGGACUUGUCAGCUUGCUUCAAGGAUGAGUUUCUUCGCUCGUAUAUCACAGAAGAUGUCGCCUUUACCUAUGCGUUUGUGCAGCUCGAGGGAUUAUGA